AUGGCGGGCUCCGGAGUCCCGAGGCAGCUCUUCCUCCAGGGCGUGGCCGCCGUCUAUAUGUUCGCCUUCGCUUCUCUCUACAUGCAGAUCCCGGGCCUCUAUGGCUCCCGGGGCAUCCUCCCAGCUCGGAGGACCCUUCGGCCGCAGGGUAAGGGGCGCUGGCAGCAGCUCUGGGAGACUCCGUCGCUGCUCUGGGAAGCACCAAGGCUGGGACUGGACACGGCACAGGGCCUGGAGCUGCUGAGCCUGCUGGGCACCCUGCUGGCCCUGAGCGCGCUCCUGCUGCGUCCACUGCGCCACCGCCUCACCUACCUGCUUCUCUGGGCUGCCUACCUGUCAGUUUGCCAGGUGGGCCAGGUGUUCCUCUACUUCCAGUGGGACUCGCUGCUCCUGGAGACUGGUUUCCUAGCAGUUCUGGUGGCCCCGCUGUGGCAGCGCCCCUUUGGAAAGCAGGCCCCUCAGGGCGAGCUGGCAGGAGCUGCGCCCCAUGAAGCUCUCCCCUUCUGGCUAGUCCGCUGGCUGCUCUUCCGGCUCAUGUUCGCCUCGGGGGUGGUCAAGCUGACCAGCCGCUGCCCUGCAUGGUGGGGCCUCACAGCCCUCACUUACCACUACGAGACACAGUGCCUGCCAACACCUGCUGCCUGGUUUGCCCACCACCUGCCCGUCUGGCUGCACAAGCUCAGCGUGGCUGCCACCUUCCUCAUAGAGAUCGCAGUGCCGCCACUGUUCUUCGCCCCUCUCCGCCGCCUGCGCUUGGCAGCUUUCUACUCCCAGGUCUUGCUGCAGGUCCUGAUCAUCAUCACAGGCAACUACAACUUCUUCAACCUGCUCACCCUGGUGCUCAGUACCUCCCUGCUGGAUGAUUGGCACCUGCGUGCUGAGCAGGGGCACUGCCGCCACAGGAAGCUACCCACCUCCUGGCCCAAGACCCUGCUGUCCUGGCUGGCCAGGCUGCUGGAGCUGGGUGUGUAUGGACUGCUGGCCUAUGGCACCACACACUACUUCAACCUGGAAGUGGACUGGGAACAACACAGUGUCCACACCAGAACCAACUUCACCUUCCACCAGUUCUCCCAGUGGCUGAAAGCGGUGACCCUGCCCACCAUGUGGCUGGGUGGGGCCUCCCUCACCUGGGAGCUGCUGACAGCUCUCUGGAGGUGGACACAGGUACGCGGGUGGCUGUGGCGGCUCUGGUCUGCGGUGCAGCUGUUCGUCCUUGGCAUGGCCACGGUGGCCAUGUUCACCAUCAGCCUGGUGCCCUACUCCUACGUUGAGCCAGACACUCACGGGCGGCUCUGGACUGGAGCCCACCGCCUCUUCAGUUCCGUGGAGCACCUGCAGCUGGCCAGCUCCUAUGGCCUCUUCCGCCGGAUGACUGGGCUGGGAGGGCGGCCUGAGGUGGUACUGGAGGGCAGCUAUGAUGGACACCAAUGGACGGAAAUCGAGUUCAUGUAUAAGCCCGGCAAUCUGAGCCGACCACCGCCCAUCGUAGUCCCCCACCAGCCUCGCCUGGACUGGCAGAUGUGGUUUGCAGCACUGGGCCCACACACACACAGUCCGUGGUUUACAAGCCUGGUCCUGCGACUGCUGCAGGGGGAGGAGGCAGUGAUCCGACUGAUACAGAACGACCUCACCAGGUACCCCUUCCACAAGCAGCCGCCCACUUAUGUGCGUGCCCAGAGAUACAAGUACUGGUUCUCACAACCUGGAGAGCAGAGCCUGUGGUGGCGGCGCCAGUGGGUGGAGCAAUUCUUCCCGCCCGUGACCCUGGGGGACCCCACGCUGGAGAUGCUGCUCACACAGUUUGGACUUAAGGAUAAGAGUCCACCACGUCCCCCCAGCCCCAGCUUUCUGUCCCAGGCGCUGCACUGGGUACGGACCCAGCUGUCUCCGUUGGAGGCCCCCGUCCUGCUCUGGGGGCUCCUUGUGGCCGUGGGGGCCAUCACAGUGGUGCAGACCCUAUUCCUCUCUCACGCUUCCGCACCAAGUAAGGAGGAGAAACACAAGAAAGCCCCCAAGAAGGAUCCCGGAGCCACGGAACAGGCCACCUCAGCCCCCAACAACUGCAGCAGUGGACCUCGGUUCCCUCGGCGGAAGAAAUAG